GGAAGGAAGCGACGCGAGGAAGCAGAUGGGGAUGGAGAUGUUGUGAUGGCUGGUCCAUCGGAGGCAACACAACGCCGCCGCGAGUACGCUACAGCUAUGAAACAACUCGUCUGCACUAGUAUACUCAUGCACGGCACGAACCAGAAGUGUAAUGCAUUCCAGUCUAUCAUCGGCAUCUACCUGAAAUCGUGCAACACACCGGAACGUGUCGUCGACUGCCUUCAUCGCAUGGGGCUGUCGAUCUCUCAAGACAGCGUCUAUAACGCCAUUAACUCUCUCUCUGAAGAGGCUACAGAGCACCUCCGAGAGAUGGGUCAGUCUCUGACCGUCGGCUAUACCUACGACAACAUGGACAUCAACUUUGCGCUCGCAACCUCCAGUAUCGAUAACCUAGGCGACACUCUUGCCCACAUGACUGCUGGCUUCGUGUUUCGCCUAAACCACGGUGCGACGCCGGAGAUGUUUGCGUGCUCGGAGCUGCUAUACGAGCACAGUCCAUAUAACCCACGGCACCUCAUCCGAGACCAACCGAAAUAUUCAUUUUCCUUUAUAUCUCAGCUUCACCAGGAGGAUCCGACGGCAGCUCCCCAUCCUUUGGGUCUGAGCCGCCGUGAUCGCUUCAAUCGGUGGAAAUUCCUCCAUACGCUUGUCCACGAUGGACCAGAGUACUUCCAUCAGUUCAGGAGCGCGCUGAAGGGACCGGAACUCAUCGAUCCCAUCCCUCUGGUCAAGUUACAAUCUGCCCCGUUGCGUAUGAUGGACAAGAGCGAGGCGUCUGUCAGUGGUAACAUUGAUGUCAUCUCCGACAUUUUGAGGCAGGCUGGGGUGGGCGAUGUCCACGACGUUGAAGAUGCGCGCACGCAGGCCCAUCUUGUUGACAUCACACGCCACGUAUUGCUCUUCCACGGAGAUCUGGGGACUUACGAGCGUGUCAUGUCGGUAAUCGAGCACCGGUCACUCGAAGCCACCCCCUUCAGGCGCUUUCAGUUCAUUGUCUUCAUUUUUGGACUCUUUCAUCUCAAAAUGGCUGCCGCCGACGCGAUCUGGCGCAUCUUUCUGAGGAACAAAUGCGGCAAAGGCGACCCCAGCUCUGUCCUCCACCUCGUCUCGCUCAUGCGACCUCACGACUCGAACAAGAUCGGAUCGAACCCACGCUUUCGACAGAUGCACGAAGUCAUCAUGCAUGUUGGCGCUGUCCUGCGUCUUGAUGCAUGGCGUGAGGCUGCGGGGUCGGGGGCCCCAUAUUCAUCGCUGGAUGAGUUCGCUGCUUCAGAGCCAUCGCUCGACGACUUGGAGGUCGCUGCGUCAUCGCUUGUCUUGUCCCAUGUCCCUCGGGGAUGUGACACUUACGACGCGCGCCACAAACCCUCAGCGGCACGGGAUGAAGUCUUCGAAAAUACCGCGCUCAUUCACCGAUACUUCCUGCUAUACGAGGAGCUCAGCGACGCGAUGAACAUAGGUGAUAUCGGGCGAGUCGAGGUGGUGUUUGCACCGUGGGUGGUUCUCUUCAAGGCGACGGGAAAGCAUAAGUAUGCCAACGCAAUGAUCAAGUCAUUGUCCAUACUGCAUGCUGACUACUUCCCGAGCGACCUAAGACGGGUCAUACGCUACAAUAGUCUCGUCAAUCCUUCAGGUCGUGCUGGCAAGUUCCGAGGCCUCGACUGGGUGCAGGAGGAAAACAACCUCAAAACCAAGGUCAUCCAUGGUGGCACUGGCUCGAACUUCACCAAGGAGCACGUCAUCAAGGAGUCCGUCCUCCUUGAUCUGUACCGCAACUGCCACGAGAACAUGGAUAGGAACUUUCACUUGUCAUCAACGGAUGCUCACGCGCCACUGAAUGUAGGUUUGAGCUUGCAGGUGGCAUGUAGUCAUUUAAAAUCAAGCCGUCCGAAUGACUUUCAACCCGGUCGUGCCUGCGUAUAUAGCAUUCCCGAUAUGAUGGACAAGGGGGCAGCAAUGCUGGCUGUGAAGGUGAUAGAUGAUAGCGAGGACUCGACGCUAGCGGAUGGUAUACAGGCACAAUCUGUAGAUCAAGAAGAUGUAGCUGCAGAGGGAUAG